AUGGAAUGCGAAUCUAUGCCAAUUCAACAACCAAGGAGUAUCUAUGCUUUAAGUAACCCUUCUUUUCUCUUUUGCUUUAUCUAUAGUAUUCUGAACUUCACUUAUAGCAUAUCUAUCCAUAAUUAUGAAGUGGCUGAAAACAAGUUUCUGGCUAUUAAGGAUGAGGUUUAUGUGGCUACACAGUGCAGUCAUAUGAAGACACUAUCAGCUAGUGCUAAAACAAGCUCGAUGGCUUUGGAUGCGGCCUUCUUUAAAAGCACAACCCUGAAGAGCUUCUUUUCUGGUGUGCUGACGGUCUAUCUGUUACUUAUGGUGCUUAAGAUCUGUUACAAGAAACUCCUCUGCUCACUUGGUCGGCCUAAAUGGAUAUCUGUGGUCUAUGCUUUUGCUCUGGCCUUUUAUCAUCUGACGUUUUACUUGAUUGUUGUUCAUGGGUACUCGCAUCUGGGGAUUCUAUCUGGUGCCUACUAUACGGCCAGAUUUAUUCUGGGCGGUCUUCACUCCUUUCACACCUACUACUUUGGCCAGCAACUAAGCUUGAUGUUUCCUGAUCCCACUCGAGAACAUCGCAGCUACAUUAACUUGGCCAGUAUUAUGGCGACUAUCUCUGGCUCUCUAAGUAUAGUGUGCGUCUCUCUGAGUAAUUACUUGUUUAGCCCUUGUACUUCGCUUGGGUUUGGGCUCUUCCUGGUUCUUCAAACCGUUCUGGCCACUACCUGCAUUCUAUGGAUUAGCUUCCGAGUUGAGGACAAGCUUUGUGCCAAUAGUGAAUCUAAGCUACUAAGUGUGGCCCCUCAGAAUCCGGGGCUGGAGAUAGACCUGCAAUUGAUAGAGUCUUCAACUGUUACGGCACCUAACUCAACAAGCCGGGUUAAGAAGUGGUUAAGGCAGUUUAAAGACGAUCUGUGCUCUUUGGGGUUUUGGCUAGUUGUGCUCUGGCCGGUUGUUUUCUUUAUGUCGGGAGUUAAUGGCAUCUUGUUUUCGCGUAGUUUACUGUUUACAACGGAUGUGGUCACUUGGCCUUAUUUGCUGUUUCUACUAUCGCCAUUGCUGGGAUCUCUACUGGCCUUGGCCGUUCAGCGAGUUCUUUCGCAUGGCCUGAUUCUGUACCUUGGGGCGUGUGUGUGUUUGUGCAUCCAUUUACUCUACUUUGCGGUUUCCUACUUACAUGAUCCGAGUAUGAUCCUUUAUAACCAGAUCCUUCUUUCUCUAUUCAUGAUUGCCUUUAACUUCUCAUUCGUGCCGGGAAUCAGUGUUAUCCCAAUUUAUAUUGGCGGUCGUUUGGCUUCUUCUUACAUGCUUCCUCUGUUCUAUACGGCGAUGGAGACCUGCGACUGCAUCUUUGCUAUUUUGUUCCCAAUUUGGUACUCUUACUUAGAUAGUGGGGUUUUUCUUGUUUUUGCGCUUUUCAUGUUCGCCAGUCUGCCACUGAUUUAUAUCUCUAUCAAAGCAUCACGCUCUGAGCAAAGAAGAAAGGGGGUAGUAAGUUGA